AUGACGAGGCACAAUGAUUACAUGUGUCCUGCUACUAACCAGUGCACCAUCGACAAGAACAGAAGAAAGAGUUGCCAGGCUUGCCGACUAAGAAAAUGCUAUGAAGUGGGAAUGAUGAAAGGUGGAAUCCGGAAAGACCGCAGAGGUGGGCGAAUGAUGAAACAAAAACGUCAAAGAGAGGAGCAAGAUUCCAGGGGGAACGGGGAAGCUUCUACAGAGCUGCGAGCUCCCACCCUUUGGACGAGUCCACUGGUGGUUAAACAUAACAAGAAGAACAGUCCGGCCCUGUCCCUGACGGCAGAACAGAUGGUCAGUGCCUUGCUGGAAGCUGAGCCACCCAUAGUUUAUUCUGAAUAUGACCCAAAUAGGCCGUUCAACGAAGCCUCUAUGAUGACCCUGUUGACCAACCUUGCAGACAGAGAAUUAGUGCACAUGAUCAACUGGGCAAAGAGAGUUCCAGGAUUUGUGGAUUUAACACUCCAUGAUCAGGUCCAUCUACUGGAAUGUGCCUGGUUAGAGAUACUGAUGAUUGGCUUAGUCUGGCGCUCCAUGGAACACCCAGGAAAGCUUUUAUUUGCACCUAACCUAUUACUGGACAG